AUGAGGCUCACUCCAGAUUAUGUAUCAAAAGCACCCUCACAUUUAAAUCCACUGAAAGAACGUGAAUUGGAGUUGAGGGGUUUGCAAAUACCUGUUAUCGAAAACUUGGCAUCCCAUCAAGGAUCGUAUGACACCCUCAACCUGACUGAUAAUUCAAUAACGGUAUUGGGUAAUAUACCUCAUUCACCGCGAUUAACAGCUAUACAUGCCGCUCAGAAUCAAAUAUCAACAAUCAGCCCGUCAUUACCUCCUAAUAUACCUAACCUCGUAACACUAGUCCUCACCAACAAUGCUAUCUCAUCCCUCUCCACUCUUCUUCCAUUAGAAUCCUUAACAUCCUUACGGCAUUUGGUAUUGAGGGGGAACCCGGUGACGGAGCAUGAGCAUUAUAAGGAGUUUGUGGUGUGGAAGGUGGCCAAAGGCAACCUUCACGUCCUAGAUUACACCCGAAUAAAAGAUUCACUUCGUGAACAAUCUAAGAAACUUCUUUUGGACUCUUCGACGGGUCUACCGAACAGCUUAGCCCAUCAGUUAUCUAUUCCUACUACCUCAUCUGUAUCAUCAUCGGCGUUCAGCUCGAAUAUAAACAAGAAUGCAAGUAUCGCGAAAGGAGGUAAAGGAAGAUUGAUGACUCCCGAUGAGAAGCGACGGGUGGUGGAAGCUCUGACAAGGGCAAAGACCUCAGAGGAAGUUAGGAAGUUGGAGAGGAUGUUGGCGGAUGGAAUCGUUCCGGAAGGUGGGGUAGAGGAGAGUAUAAAAGAGGGAGUUAAUGGAUCAUAG